CUUCAUCGAAUCGUUUUGAAGUUAUUAAGACUGUGUAUUUUCAAAUUUCUCUCCAAAACAAAAUGGCAGAUAACUCUCAAAAGAUGAGCUACCACGCGGGAGAAGCCAAAGGCCAAGCUCAGGAGAAGGCAAGCAACAUGAUGGAUAAAGCAAGUGAUGCAGCUCAAUCAGCAAAAGAAUCGAUGCAAGAGGCAGGACAACAAGUGAAGGCCAAGGCACAAGGAGUCGCUGAUGCUGUCAAAGAUGCCACUGGCAUGAACAAAUGAAGCCUCCCUCAUUUCACAUUUGCCCAUUUUUAGGGUUUUUUUCAAUGGUUUUCUUCUUUUUUUUUUUUUUUUUUGCUCUUAAGAUAAAGCUCUUAUGUGUAAGAGAUCUUUUUUUGCUUAGAUUAAAGCUCUUACAUAUAAGGGCCGGCUAAAGUGAUCUAUAAUUUAAUUUAUCUAUGGACUCUUAUAAAGUAUGAACUUUAAUUUAUUUA